UUGUGGGUUGCGGAAUGGGAGCAAAGGCGGAGAGGGAGUGCGCGGUGCCGGGCGGCGGCUGCGAACGCGGAGGCGGCAGCUUCCACCAAUCAGUGCAGCCUCAUCCUCAAAGGCUGGUCAGUACACACCCUCUCCACUCAGCUUCCCUACUUAAUCUGUAUUCGUUGGCAUGAUUCCGCCUGCCAAGCUUGCCGCCGCCGAAGCUGUUCGUCGGAGUCCCGCGCGAUCGUUCAGCGACGGAGGGGCAGUCCCAGGCUCGGCGGCGGCGUCGGCGGCUCCCCCCACCUUCUCUCGCCAGUCGCCUCGCGCCCUCGCCUGCGUCCUCCGCGCACCGGCCGACGACCCUGCUUCCAGCAGCAUGGAAAAAGUCUACGCCGUCAACAGUCCUCAUAAGAAAAGAAAAUCACAGUAUGAGCUGAGUGAUCCAAAGUUGGUACCACUUAAAUGCAAGUUUCGCAAACGGUUAUCUUGCCACGAUGAUGAGUCUGCAACCACAGAAAGUUUAGGAUAUGAUUGCAUUUUCAUGAACAAGACCUCUGGGACGGACAUGGUCAGCAUACCUGAAGAAUUGGACUCUUGUGAGAACACUAUGAGCCUAUUUGGUGGGUGCAUUGAAGUGGACUCAAAAAAUGGAAUUCAGGAACAAUCUUUGAGAAAAAUGUUUGAGAUCGGGACAUCUGCAUCCAGUAGCUCGAGCAACAAUUUUUCAUCGGAGGCUUUUAAUUCUUCCCAUAGCAGCGGCACAAGAGAAACUGACAGCUGGGUUAUGCACGAUAUAGAGAAUCAUCAUUCAGAUGUGAUGCUGAAACCACAUAAUGACGACCUGGAAAGGAUAUACAAUGUGCUUGAACAGUAUGAUAACCUAAUGGAGGACAAACUAAUGGCUGACGAUGUUUUUGGUUCUGCUGCUCAGAUCAUGGAUGAAAAGCUUUACUCGAAUGGUGUUGAUGAUAUUCAGAUUUUGCCAACAGGCCAGACCGGCUAUCACAGUGAGAAGAAGCUAACCAUCGAUCAAGAAUUUGAGCAGUAUUUUUCGAACCUCAUGCUGUAGGUUCUAGUGGAUAAUUUUGUGACAAAAAUGGCGUUGGGACCUCCAAAUAUGGUUUGCUUGCUGGGCAAAGUGGCGAACCUUGGCUACUAUUGAUGCUAUCGGUCUAUUUGUACACCGAAUCCUAUCACUGAAUGUAUAUAUGUGUGAUAUGUCUAUCUUUUUCAGCUUGCCCAUCAAAUGCUGGCAUCAUGAUGUAUGUUAAUAAUGUGUGCAGAUAAGAACAUGUCUAGGCAAAAUAGUAAAUAGCGUAUUCCUUGUAUGUUCUAGUGUCUCGGAAUAGAUCGGUAAGGAGACGGAAGUUACAAUUUUUACCCAUUUCUAAAUCA